UGGGUCCAAAGCUUCUCCAGUAUGUCAUCAAGGUCCUUGUGCAGUCAGUGCAGUUGCUGUACACGUUGCUGAGGAUAGACCAGCCAUCCUAUAUUCUUCUGCAGAAUCCCCCAGGCUUGCCCAGCAUAGCUAUUGCCUGGGUGGCAGGUCUGUUCUGGAGGAGCAAACUGAUCGUUGACUGGCACAACUAUGGCUACACCAUCCUGAGCCUGAGCCAUGGGAGAAACCACCCCCUGGUACAGAUUGCAAAAUGGUAUGAAAAGCUCUUUGGCCACUUGGCUGACUAUAACCUGUGUGUCACUGAGGCCAUGAAGGAAGAUCUGUGGGUGAAUUGCAACAUAAAGGCAGUGACUUUGUAUGACAGACCAGCUGCUUACUUUAAGGAGACACCCCUGGAGCUCCAGCAUCACUUGUACAUGAAGCUUGCCAAGGACUAUGAGCCCUUCAGAGCACGGGCCCAGCCUGGCGCAGACAGCUCUGCCUUCACCCGGCGGGACGCGGGACGCGUGACGCACACCGCGGCGCGCCCGGCGCUCCUAGUCAGCAGCACCACCUGGGCGGAGGACGAAGACUUCUCGGUCCUUUUAAAAGCUUUGGAAGAUUACGAGAGGUUUAUUGGUGAGGGGGCCAAGCUUCCAGCCUUGGUGUGUGUGAUAACAGGUAAAGGACCUCUGAAAGACUACUACAAUGGCCUGAUACAGAAACUGCACUUUGAACACAUCCAGAUCUGUACACCGUGGCUGGAGGCUGAGGAUUAUCCUCUUCUGCUUGGCUCGGCAGACCUGGGAGUUUGUCUCCACAAAUCCUCCAGUGGUUUGGAUCUGCCCAUGAAGGUGGUGGAUAUGUUUGGCUGCUGUUUGCCUGUGUGUGCCAUACAUUUUGAGUGUUUACAUGAACUGGUGAAACACAAUGAAAAUGGUUUGAUAUUCAAGGACUCGAAGGAACUCGCAGAACAGCUCAAGAUGCUUUUCUGGGACUUCCCUGCCCCCGGGGAGCUGGAGCGGCUGCGGCAGAGGCUGCGGGCGAGCAGGGCACCGCGCUGGGAGGAGAGCUGGGACCACACCGUGCUGCCCCUGCUGGGGUGCCUCCAGUGUUUGCACAGCAAAACAGCUGGAGAAGAGAAGUCCACCAGAGUUCUGCAGCAGGAGCAGGGCUUGGUGGUGUUUUGGGUUCGCAGCCAGCCCUGA